AUGUAUCGCACCAUCGCAUUUUUCUGCGUUUUAUUAGUCGCAGCAAAUGCGGAACUUCAGAGGAUUAAUUUGUAUAAAAUGGAUAGUGUAAGGAAACAAUUAAAGGAAUAUGGUACAGACCUAACCCAGGUACAUGUAUUCCAAGGAAAUGUUCCACCACUAGAGCCUCUUUCUAAUUACCUUGAUGCUCAAUAUUAUGGUAUCAUCAACAUUGGAACUCCGCCUCAAGAAUUCAGAGUAAUCUUUGAUACAGGCUCCUCCAAUCUGUGGGUUCCCUCUAAAAAAUGCCAUUUGACUAAUAUUGCCUGCAAACUACAUCAUAAGUAUGAUAGUACCAAAUCGUACACUUAUAAGGAAAACGGUACUGAAUUUUCUAUUGUGUAUGGUUCUGGAAGUCUCUCGGGCUAUCUCUCUACCGACAUGGUAGACGUUGCUGGAACGAAAAUUAGUGAUCAAACGUUUGCCGAAGCGUUAAGCGAACCCGGCUUGGCAUUCGUUGCUGCCAAAUUUGAUGGUAUUAUGGGAAUGGCAUACUCUAGAAUAGCUGUUGAUGGUGUAAUGCCUGUCUUCUACAACAUGGUUAAACAAGGAUUAGUACCCCAACCUGUUUUCAGUUUCUAUUUGAAUAGAGAUCCUGAUGCGAAAUCUGGUGGAGAAAUGAUACUUGGUGGUUCAGAUCCUAAUCAUUAUGUUGGUCCAUUCACCUAUGUUCCUGUAGACAAGAAGGGUUACUGGCAAUUUAGCAUGGACAGAAUUGAAAUAGGCUCAAAUUAUAAGGUCUGCGAGAAUGGAUGCGAAGCUAUCGCUGACACAGGCACCUCUUUGAUCGGUGGACCCGUUAAAGAAAUUGAACUGAUUAACAAGAAAAUUGGAGCUACUCCUCUUGUUGCUGGAGAAGCAUUGGUGGACUGUAAUUCCAUUCCUAACUUGCCUACAAUUACAUUCGUAAUCGGUGGCCAUUCUUUCCCUCUCAGAGGCGAAGACUAUGUUUUUAAGGUUAAACAGUUUGGAAAAACUGUUUGCUUGAGUGGAUUUAUGGGAAUAGACAUUCCUCCACCAAAUGGCCCACUAUGGAUCUUGGGAGAUGUAUUCAUUGGCCGCUACUACACCGAAUUCGAUAUGGGAAACAACCGCGUUGGAUUUGCCGAAGCUAAAUAGAUCAUCAAAUAAAAUAAGCUUUUAAAUACAUAUACUUUUUUUUUUAUAUCUUAAUAAAGCGGUUAGUUAACUUAA